AUGACCAAGGCGACGAAGAAGGUCGGCAUCACCGGUAAAUACGGUACCCGUUAUGGUGCCUCCCUCCGCAAGCAAGUCAAGAAGAUCGAAAUCUCACAGCACGCGCGAUACACAUGCACAUUCUGCGGCAAGACCACGGUGAAGCGACACUCGACUGGCAUCUGGUCGUGCAAGGCAUGCAAGAAGACCAUGGCGGGAGGAGCAUACGUGGUGUCGACACCAGCUGCGGCGGCAACGAGGUCAACGAUCCGGCGUCUGCGUGAAUUGAAGGAGACAUAA